ACUCCCUCACAAAAGAAUGACUUUUUGUAGUAAAAUGUUGUUAUCCCCUUGAAAUACAUGUCAUGUAGAUCUAGUUAGUUGUAAUCGGUUGCCCCCAAAUGUGAGUUUAAAACCCACAUUUGAUAACUGCUGUCGUUUUUGUCUUUCCUGAAUAAGAAAAAUAAAGAGUAUGAUGCUUUUUUUAUUUCCAAAGAAACCCAAACUUUGACUAAACUAUCUAUUGUUUUGAAAACGAAAUAGAAUUUUUAUUUUUAAAUCUACAGUCAACGUUUCCAUGACAACUAAGUUUGUAGCGGGCGAAAAAUACUUUUUAUUAGUGAAUAUUGUAUUGUUUUGUUUUAUUUCUCUCCGUUCGUUUCAUUUAUUUCAUUUUUUUGUUUGUUUUUUGUUAUUGUUCUCAGAACCAAAUACAGUCGGCAUCGGGAACAUUUUCAAAGUCUUAAUAAGGAAAACAUUUUUUUCGAAUGAGGUGUGUAUACCGCAGCGAGGUUCAGCAUCACGGCGAUGGAUGAUUCUCCCCACUUGUGUUAUACGCCGUGAAAUGACUGUUACUGUUACUGGAACAUUGCUCAAACAUGUCCGUGCAGUGCCGGUGAUAUUCCUAGGUCUGACCAUUUUGUUGACGUUAACGCAGUUCCCUCCUGAGUUGGAUGGUUUGAGUGACGUGCACACCACCCAGAACGUAACGGCGUUUCUAUGCAAUGAUGGAAUCAUGAGAAGUUCUCAAAUCUGCGUUUGGUCUGCUGAAGUGAAUGACAAAGAGAAGCAAAGUCAAGUAAAAGUAGAAAAUGUUUUACGAUUCACUUUUUGUGGACAGAAUGUCUCAGUGUCUAUUGGUCAACAUGUGGUCAUGGCCCCCGACGCUCAGAUCACUUACAAUUCGGGGCAAACAGUCGAGAUACCUGUCUUUCGAGAAGAUGUUGCGCAGCAGCUUCAUUCGUUUUACUCUGGUCAUUUUUGGUUCGCAAACGAGACGUUUCCUUUCAGCGGAGAGCAGAGUGGGGCCUCAUUCUCUGGGAGGACGUUUUACUUUGGCGCCGUUUUACAGAUGUCGUGCGGUAAUGUUGUCGUGGCUGAGUCCCUCAAAGCCCAAGAUUGUUUUCCCUGUGAGCUCAUCUCGUCAGAUGUAUCCCCACCCAACACAAGCGUCAGUUCUCUAGAGUCUUACGAGGAACUGCUUCUCGAGCUCAACGACUUUGAAUCUGCGUCAAACAGCGAGCAUGUCCACAAGGAAACGCGUGAUAGGACGAUGAACCAGCGCUCUGAGUACAGACGUGAGACAAAGACAGAUCUCCCUCCACCCUUGACAUGCUCUCUCCACGUUGUGGCGGACCACCUUUUCUUCAAAUACAUCGGCAGCGGAAAUGUUCUGGAGACGGUCAACAUGAUGUUUAGCUUGGUGAACGACGCUGAUGCCUUGUUCCGGAGCACGGAUUUUGACGGGGAUGGCCAGGGGGACAACAUCGGGUUCAUGGUAGAGAAAGUGACAGUGUACAAGACGGAGCAAGACGCCGAUUACAAGAUGGCUCGGCCUUAUAUGACCUCAGACGAGUACCUUCGGCAGUUUUCUUUCUAUAAUUUUGAGGGACAUUGUUUAGCAGUAGCGUUUACAUUUAGAGACUUCAACGGCGUGGCUGGCACGUCCUUCCCGGCGUACUCAAACCGCCGGACACCGGGCGGCAUCUGCCAGGAGAGACUGAGGAUUAACUCACAUCACGUGAGCUUCAACACACUGGUGGUCACGUUCAUGAUCUCCGGCAAGAUGGCGCAGAGGUCGAGCGUGGUGCUCACCCUAUCCCACGAGCUCGGCCACAGUAUGGGAGCGAGGCACGACGGGAAGAGAUGUAUCUCAGCCGACGAAAACCUCGGCAACUACAUCAUGUACAAGAGCAGCCAUUUUGACAUGAAGCCGAACAACCGCAGAUUUUCUGUCUGCAGCAUCCGUACGAUGGUUCCCGUGCUGAAGAAGAAGGGGCGCUGCCUCCAGUCCCACUCGCACCGCCCUCACUGCGGCAAUAGCGUGCCUGACGUCGGCGAGGAGUGUGACUGCGGCCUCUCCGACAUCUGCGAGUCCAUCGACCCGUGCUGCACGCCGGCCGACCACACUGGGGACGUGGACAAACCGUGCACCACGCGGAAGUCUCAGGGGAAACUCUGCUCGCCAAAACUGUCGCCCUGCUGCAGUGAACAGUGCAGGUACAAGAAGCUGAAAACACGAGAGGUGUGUAACAUUUUUGACGAGUGCACCCAGAAAUCUUUCUGUAACGGUGACAGCGAGCACUGUCCUUCCCCCACGCGUCUUCAAAACGGCUCGCUGUGCAACGACGGGCGACGUGUGUGUGAGGGCAACCGUUGCGUCAUGGACGUGUGUUCCUACCACCAGCUGGAGAGCUGUAAAUGCUCAGACGCCCGACACAGCUGUCAGCUCUGCUGCCGAACUCCGAACAGCAAAUUCUGCAAACCCGCCGAGGGCUUUGGAAUCAGAAACGCGAACGGUUCUCCGAUUUUCUGGGAGCCGGGGACGCCGUGUGUACCCGGGAACUUUUGCAACAACGCUCAGCAGUGUGUCUCGUCCAAAGAGACAGUCGCCCCGCUACACUCUGUGUUCAGCGGCAUGAGGAAAAGUCUCUUCACGUCCUACCUGAAAAAGUACUGGCUCUACUGUGUAUUCGUUGCUCUUUCUGCCAUAUUCCUGGCAGGGGUGGUUACAACCUCGUUGCGCAGACGCCCGGCUUACAUCAAAGCUCUGAGGCAUCGAAAAAUGCUGUCCAUAUUUGCUUCAGGGGAGCGCCUGUCGAGCAAGUACCGCAAGAAGAUGGUGGACAUCCACAGACGGUACGCCGAGUCUAUCCCCGAGGCCCAGAGACAGAGUCAGAGACACGAGGACCCGGCACUGAGCCACACACAAGUCGUGGGACGUCUGAGGGCGCUGUUCCCUGAGGUCAAAGUACACGACCUGUACCACCAGGUGGCAGGGGCGGGGCGCACGGAGGAGGAGACUGUUGGGCUGUUGUUGUCGCAGGGGUUUAGAAUGAGGGACGUCCGAGAUUUGAGAUCAGUGAACAGCUGAGAACCGUUGAGUGUCUUUACGACACCAAGCGAUGUUGAACAUUAAAGAAUGUGGGAAAAGGAGGAGCGCGGGGCGGGGCUGUUAUUGUUAAUGUAUAAACACAUCCCCAAACCCCAAACUAUUCAAAAGGAGCCAAUCACUUAUAAACAUGAAUAUGACGAUGUAGAGAGUCUUUUCUUCAAGAACUUUUGGGAACUGGGGUAAAAGUAAAAAGAGUAUGAAGGCCAAGAUGUCUCGUCUUUACAAAUGGAAAGAGAAAUGAAAGAAUACAGGUGUUGUAGGCCAAGAAUAAAUCAAACACAUGUAGUCUGAAAUCACUGUCCAUGGUUCAUGGUGACAAGUAGUACGGUACAUUUAUUGAAACAUUGCAGAAUUUGUUAUUAUGGUGAUCUUUGAUUCUCAGGCAUAAUUAUGCGAUGAGUUUCUGAAACUGAAUUUUUUUUUUUUUUUUUUUUUUUUUUUUUUUUUUUUGGGGG